AUGGCCGUCACCGAUUUUUUCGCCGGAGAGAUCGCGACGGAGCUUUUAAAGCAGCUAUUUAUGAUAUCUGCAAAAGCAUGGAGAUACAAAAACAUCGCCGAUCGACUCAUCAUCUUGAUCGAGAGCAUUCAACCUACGAUCAGAGAGAUUCAAUACAGCGGCGUCGAGCUUCCGGCACACCGUCAAGCUCAAAUCGGUAUGCUUUCUAAUAUAUUAGAGAAAGGUAAUAAACUCACUGAGAAAGUCAUAAGCUCUCGUCGAUGGAAUAUGAUCCAUCAGCUAACCCUAGCUAGGAAAAUGGAGAAGCUAGAGAAGACGAUUUCUGAUUUCCUUAAAGGUCCGAUUUUGACUCAAAUCCUCGCUGAUGUUCAUCUUCUCCGAGCGAAUUUCGAUGUGAGAUUCGAUCGUGUUGAUAGGAGUUUGGAGAGGAUGAGUGAGCAAUUGUAUUGA